AUGUCUCAUCAACCAAAUAAAAGAACACUAAGACGAAAACCCCCACCUAUAGAGGAUUCGACCCCAUUUAGUAUUUAUCAAAAUCUAGCAUCUAAUCCUCAACAAUACUCAGACUUUCAACAUGCAUUGUCAAAGUCACCACCCAUUCAAGUAAAUACAUUUAUUCAAUCUUCACCACCCAAUUACACCCAGCUGCCUCCGAGUGCACCACCACCGCCCAUACCAGCUCAACAACCAGAAUAUACCCUGCAGAUAGGGACAUUUUCUGAAAUGGCAUCUACUCCAGUGGAUCAAGCGAAUUAUAAUGUUUCAGUAAGUCUGGAGUAUCCUAUUGACGAGUCUUUUAUAUCAAUGAGUGGCUCGCCAAAGCCGAAGGGCCCCAAACAAAUAUGGGAAUAUGAAGACGAUAGUAUCAUUUCACAGCCUAUAGAAUAUGUUCGGCAUGCUUCAAUAAAUAGUACGGACUACAAAUCAAGACCAAGAGGGUACCAGCAGAUGUCUACAACAUCACAAUCUGCACCUCUAGAUAAUAUACCAUAUCCAUUGGAGGAUUUUCUGCCUAUUGAAGCCAAUUCUUCUGCUACAACAGCUCCGUAUCCAACACAGAACUUUGAAGAUUCAAUUAACGACUAUUUUGAAGACGAUUAUGAUUAUACUUUUGAAGAUGAUUCCCCAUCCCAAAUGCAAGCGCACCAGAGUGUUGAAAAAUAUGGAAAUGGUGUUUCACCUCGAAUUAAUGAUGUUCCUGAUUUGACUUCCAAGCGAAGUCUGUUACAGCUGUCGCAAAGCGUGAAUAACCUGUGGCAGUCACAUUCUCAAACUAAUCUGAUUCAUUCAGGUGCUAAUCUGGCCGGUAUUCAAGGACAAUUUCCCGUGUCUGCACCGCCUUUUUUGGAAUCACCUCCAAGACCUAAUCUUCGACAGUUGGCAACAAGGAAUUCUCAGAAUUUCCCCCCACCUCCAAAUCAAGGAAUAGACUAUGUACUGGAUCUGUCAUAUAGCAGAUCUCCAUCUCCAACAAGACGAACAAUUGAUAGAACAAAGACUGUUUCACUGGGGUUUACUUAUGCUGAAAGCGAGUAUAUAGAAUACUUUUCAGAAGGAUAUAACGAAUUUUCUGUUCAACAUGGUCCAAGUUCAAGAUGGAACUCUGUUAACUCCAAUGCAACAUACACGCCAGAAAACUUGUUCUGGGAUGAUGGGUACCAGUUGUCAAGUGAAUCACCAGCUACUGAAUAUUUUGAUUAUUCAAUGUUGCCCGAAUUGCCAAGCGUCAAGCCUUUACCUAAAUCACCAUCAUACUUCCCUGAUGAGGUGCUUGCUCUGAAACAGCAACAAGAGCUACCCUCGUUACCACUAGAACUACCCGAUUUGCCAUUUAGUUCAGCGUUUUUGCAGUCACAGCAUUUUGAAAUUUGCUCGAAGAUUUGGUCGCUUUCCGCACUUUUCAAUUGGUGUUUGAAGCUAAGAAUAUGGUUGAACAAUCUGACUAUUUCUAAAACAGAGUUGAAAAAGGCAUUGGGUGGCUUAUUAGCUUUUCAUCGACGUGACGUACCAUUGGAUGUGGUAUCAAACAAUGCAGCAGCUGCGUUUGAGAAUUUUGUUCUGAGCGGCGCUAUUGAAGUUAUAGAAGACGUUGAAGCUCAGGGAAGCGAUAAAACUUUGAUUGUUAUGAAUGAAAAUGUAUAUUUAAACGGAGUUUUGCCAUUGCUUACUGAAUGCUACUCAAAUUUUCAACAUACUAAAGAGGUUGAGCAGUCUAACAUGACAUGUUAUUCGACAUGUUGCACCUUAAGCAAAUCGAUGAAUUUGGAGCGGAAGAUGCGAAAUACAAACAUUAAAGAUAUUGUACUAGAACAUGAUUGGACUAGUCAUUGGCAUUUAACAGUGGAAGAUCUUAAAACUUUGAAUCAUGCCACAAGCAAGCAGCAGUCUCUCAUAUUUGAUCUAAUGAGAUAUGAGCAAACAUUUAUUCAAAGGGCUGAUUGCUUUGUGGAAGUUGUUGCUCCUGAGUUCAUUAAAGCAGCAAAGAGUUAUUUUGGUCAGAACAGCGAGAAGAUAUCGAGAUUUGAACAGGAUAUUAUAAGUGCAGGAAAACAAAUAGUCAAUAUUCACAGGACGGUGCUAUUUGAGCCUUUAUUGAAAAUUCUAAUUGCAGAAGGGAAGUUCAUCAAGAAUUUGGUUGGUAUAGGGCAAACUUAUAGUGAUUGGGCAUUUGAAAUCAAGCCACCUUUAAUUAAGUACAUGAGUUGCAUGCCAAUGAUUGAGGAACUUCUUGGAAUUGAAACAAUAAAGGCAUAUAUUGACAAUCGUAUUAGUGCCUUGCCUAGGGUGAGGGAUUUGAAGGUGAAUGUCGGAAUUUUGUUUAUAAGCACUUUUAAUUCUAGGUAUAUGCAGUUACCAUUGCAAUUGGAAGAUAUUUAUAAAAAGUUUGACGUUAAUGAUCCAGAGCAUAUAUCCAUGCUUAAAGCAGCUAAUGAUAUCAGGAAAUUAGGGGUAAGAAUAAACGAUUCCAAAAAGCUGGCAGAUAAUAACUAUGCAAUAUCUGUAAUAAAGGACCAGUUAUUAUGGAAAAGUGGAGUGACCCAAAUUAAUUUGAAUUUGAAUUCUCCAAAUCGAAAAUUUGUUUGUCGUGGUGACUUGACAAGAAAAAGCGUUUUGUCGAAGCUUCAAACAUCGAACAUCAAUCAUAUUAUAUUACUUGAUAACUAUGUGCUACUUACUGAUCGGGCAAGAAAUAGACGUGGAGGGUUGGCUUACAAAAUUUUAGAAGAUCCAAUUCCUGUUGAGUAUUUGAUUGUGGAAGAAAAAGUGGUUUCGUCGAGUACAUUGCUUCCUAACCAGAAUGCAUUGACCACCACUCAACUGGGUGUGGCUGAUGCUGAGACUGACGACAACGAUGCAUUUCAAUUAAAAUUAAGGUAUGCUGGUAGAACAAGAAGAGCUUAUACUUUCUCAUGUGGGACAGAAAGAGAAAUUAGAGAUUGGAUAAACUAUUUUAUUGCUGCCAAAUCAGCUUUAUGCAAGCGGUUGGCACAAUCCAACCCUUACCGAGUUGUCCUGGUGUCAAAUACUGUAUUUGGUUAUGAGAAUAGUCAUCGUGUUACCAAGCUUCAAUUACUUGCACGUUAUGAUCCUAUUUAUGACAUUUGCCAAGAUUCAGUGGAAAAGACCAAGAAAUUGAAUCUUUGGAGUGAUUUAUAUAAUCCAAGGUUAGCUCACAAUCGUAUUGUUUUUAGCAAAUUGCAGUGUAUGUGCUGGUUUGAAUAUAAGGGAUGCAAGUACAACCUAGUUGCUCUUGAAGCUGGGUUGUAUAUGUGUGAGGCGAAAGGUAGAUGGAAAAAGAUUAUAGGUGGUGACAAUUACGUUCAAAUGCAAGUAGAUUCGCAGAUUGGUAUUGUGGUGGUGUUGACCGAAAAGCAAUUGGGUUACUAUCCUAUACAUCAGAUUUUGAAUGUUUACAACGAAACGAAAGUGAACUUGACUUGUAUUCCUUUAUCGAAGGACACGGUAUUGUUUUUUGAGAUGGGUCGUCAUAAGAAUGUGAAAAUGUUAUUUUAUGCUAAGAAGAAGACAAAUGGCAGUAUUCAUUUCAAGGUUAUGAUUCCGCAAAUAGAUAACGGAGGCAUUUUUAGUAGGUUCAAAGACCAUGCCAGAUUUUAUAUAGAAGCCGAAUGUUUUGGGAUAUCAAUAUUCAAUUCGUCCUUUGCUGUUCAUACUGAUAAAGGAUUUGAGAUCUUAACGUUGGAUAAAUUGAUUCCAAGUUCAGUCCCUGAAUUACCGCCCCCUGUUGAAACGGAAAAAAAGAAAGCCGAUCCUUAUGCAACAAGGAAAAACAAGCCUACUUCCCUGGUGGAAACCAUUCGAAUGCUUAUCAAUGCCAAAUAUAAACCGAUGGGGAUGUAUAAAUUGAAUAACAAUAAAGAAUUCCUUUUGGUUUACAAAGAAUAUGCCAUAUUUAUAAACAAGCAUGGUAAACCUUCACGAGAUUUUAUUAUUCAUUUUAGGGCCCAUCAUGUUUAUUUUGAAAACAAUUAUUUAUUUGUGGUCAAUGAUCAAUUGAUUGAAGUGUGGCAUAUAGGUGACCAUCCCAAAAAAGCCCAAGUAAUUAUUGGAAAAGACAUAAAGCAUUUGGGGCAAAAUGGGUUUUCUAUGGCUAACCCGUUAGUGCCCGGAUUACAAUUAGUUUUUCGUUUAGUAGAGUAG